AUGUCCGCUGAGGGAACCGAAAACAAGGCCGCGCGCUCGCGCGUGUUCUUUGAUAUUACAGUCGGCGGCAAGUCCGCUGGCCGUAUUACCAUGGAGCUCUACAACGACCUCGUCCCCAAGACGGCCGAGAACUUCCGCUGCCUCUGCACCGGCGAAAAGGGUCUGGGCAAAUCCGGCAAGCCUUUGCACUACAAGGGCUCUAUCUUCCACCGCGUCAUCAAGCAAUUCAUGAUUCAGGGAGGUGACUUCACGGAGGGCAAUGGUACUGGCGGCGAGUCUAUUUACGGCGCAAAGUUCGAGGAUGAGGCUUUCCCUAAGAAGCACGACCGUCCCUUCCUCCUGUCCAUGGCCAAUGCUGGGCCUAACACCAACGGCUCUCAAUUCUUCCUCACCACCGUCCCGACGCCUCACCUCGACAACAAGCACGUCGUCUUUGGCGAGGUCCUCAACGGCAAGUCCGUCGUUCGCCAGAUCGAGAACCUCCAGACCGAAUCAGGCGACAAGCCCCUCAAGGACGCCGUCAUUGCAGACUGCGGCGAAUUGACCGGAGACGCCGCUCUCGCAGCCGAUGUGAAGGCCCCGGACGCCAUGGGCGACACCUACGAGGACUUCCCCGAGGACUGUGCAACCCCGCCUGAUGCUCAGGAAGUCAUCAAGAUUGCUGCCGCCUGCAAGGAUUACGGCAACAAGGCCUUCAAGGCUGGCGACUUCAACCUCGGUCUCGAGAAGUACCAAAAGGGCCUGCGCUACAUCAACGAGGAGCCCGACUUGGAGAAGGAGCCCGCUACUACCAAGGCGGAACUCCAAGCUCUCCGCUUUACCCUCAACAACAACUCGACCCUGCUCAACAUCAAGCUCGAGGCCUGGGAUGAUGCCGCGAAGACGGCUACGUACGCUCUUGAUGUUUCCGGAACCAAGGACGCUGACCGCGCCAAGGCCCUCUACCGCCGCGGCUUCGCCAACGUCCGCCUUAAGGACGAGGAGAACGCCAUUAAGGAUCUUGAAGAGGCGCACAAGCUCGUGCCGGAUGAUAAGGUCAUUCUCCACGAGCUUAAUGCCGUCAAGCAGAAGGCGGCCGCCCGUGCGGCCAAGGAGAAGGCGGCUUACAAGAAGUUCUUCCAAUAG